GAGAAGCGGCGAAUCAAAAUGCAGCAGCUUCAGCCUUGCCUGGCGCGGGACAAUUUGAAUACAGUGGCGGAGCAUCUGGCUCGGCUGAGGAGAGCUCGGCAGCCCUGAGGUGCAGGGGCUCAGGUAAGAAGAUGUCAGCUUUUACUCCAAGGAAAAGGAAGCAGAAUUCUUUGAACUGUGACAGCCUAUUAUCUGACAUUCCAUCAAAGAAAUUAAUUUUGGAUUUUACUGAAAAUAUAUUUUCAUCACCUAGUAAAAAAUACAUUUGUCAGAGUAAUGAAGAAAAUGUGCAUUGCUCUCAACAAGGCCAUUUCACUUCAAGUCUGCUCAAAACAACUAAAAAAGAUAGAUUACCAUCAGCAAAUCAAGGUUCACCUUUUAAAUCUUGUGUGUCUACUGUAUCCUUUUACAACAAAAAUACUAGUAAGUGUUACCUCAAUCCAUUGGAGAGAAAGAUGAUAAAAGAGAGUAGAUCCAUUUGUCUAAAAACUAAUAAUGAAGAUACAUCUUUUCCCAGUGUGACAGAAAAAAAGCAAGAAAAACCAAUCUGCUCCAAGAGGAUGAAGAAAAAACCACAGAAGAGUUUAACUGCUAAGUGUCAACCAAGUUAUAAGUGCAACAAGCCUGUAUCAAAGAAUUCUAAAAAUUCCAAGCAAAAUCGAGUGGCCUACAAACCAAUUGUAGGGAAAGAGAAUAGUUGUUAUUCAGCUGAAAAUAAUUUAAAUGCUCCUCGAGUUCUAAGCCAAAAAGUCAAACCACAAGUAACACUCCAGGGUGGAGCAGCAUUUUUUGUUAGGAAAAAAUCCUCUCUUAGAAAAUUGUCUCUGGAAAACAAGCCAUUACUGGGACUCAACCAAGAGAAUAAAUCAGAAGUGAUUAAAGAUUCUGAUGUAGAGACUGUCAAUGAAAGAAAAAGUUUUGAGACAAGGCAAGUGCCAAAGUGCCUGUUGCUAGAAAAGGAACUGAACAUUGAGCUGCUGGGUAUAAGAAAUAAAAAUGAAGAGAAAUUAAUAAAGCUCCAGGAUUCAUCAAGUGAAGCAGUUUCUUCAAGGGAGUAUAAACCUGAAGAAAAUAAGUGUUUUUCUUCAGGAGAUUCUCACAGUGAAAACAAGGCAGUUUCGUCUGAAUCCAUUGUCUAUCCCAUCUUCAGUGCGUCUUCAGUCAAUACAAAAAGAUCUCUAGUUGGAGAACAGUCUUCUGUGGCAUCCAUCACACCUAACUUUUUGAAACAGACCAAUACACAGAAAAGUAUUAAUGCCAGAGAUGCAAACAAAGAAACGAAAAACCAGCUCAUCAUUGAUGCAGGUCAGAAACAUUUUGGAGCCACCAUGUGUAAGUCUUGUGGCAUGAUCUAUACUGCCUCCAACCCUGAAGAUGAACUGCAGCAUGUUCAGCAUCACCACAGAUUUCUGGAGGGAAUCAAAUACACAGGCUGGAAAAGAGAACGCGUAGUAGCAGAGUUUUGGGAUGGGAAAAUUGUGUUGGUCCUGCCACAUGAUCCAAGUUAUGCUAUCAAAAAGGCAGAAGAAGUACAAGAACUUGUCGAUAAUGAGUUGGGCUUUCAGCAAGUUGUUCCCAGAUGUCCAAACAAAACCAAAACAUUUCUCUUUAUAUCUGAUGAAAAGAAAGUAGUUGGGUGUUUAAUUGCAGAGCCCAUCCAACAGGCCUUCCGUGUCCUGUCUGAACCAACCAGUCCAGAAUCCCCAAGCUCUAAAGAAUGUCAUAGGGCUUGGCGAUGUUCAAAUGUACCAGUACCUGCAGUCUGUGGAAUAAGUAGGAUCUGGGUCUUCAGAUUUAAGAGAAGAAAGCGCAUUGCAAGACGACUGGUAGAUACGCUCAGGAAUCGCUUCAUGUUUGGCUGUUUUCUCAGCACUAAUGAAAUAGCAUUUUCUGACCCAACACCAGAUGGCAAGUUAUUUGCAGCCAAGUACUGCAACACCCCUAAUUUCCUUGUAUACAAUUUUAAUAGUUAAAACCAAUUCCAACAAUACAAUUAUUAUUAUAUGGGUGAGUUAAGACAGUUUCUUAUCAUAUAAUAACUACUUUGCAAAUGUCAAAAUAAAAAUACUGAACCACAUGCACACACACACAACCUGGCUGUUUUAUUCCUUAUGAAUUGAAAAGUCAGGGAUAGAUUUCUUGAAAAUUAUCUGGAGAUUCAAAGAAAGGAAAAACCUUUGGAUGAUGUAUACUGACACACUCUGAAUCCUUAAUUAUGAAACUUUGUAGUAACUUUGGAAAAUUACUUGCCCCUUACAUAGGAUCACUGACAUGUUUUCCAUAGAACUGUGACCACUUACAUUUUAUUAAGCACUUUUGAACCAGAAUUAUCUCAUGCUUAAUCAGAAGCAAACAGGAAA